AUGGUAAGACAGGUAACUACCAUAGUGAAAGAUGGAAGUAGAAUUCAGGAGAGAGAAUCAAGAGAGAUAAUGGAUAAUUAUAAUUUUAGAAUGAUUACAACUCAGAAUGAUACGAAAGAAGAAGAGAAUAAAACUACAAAAACUUUCUUAAACAUCAAACAUUCCACCACCUCAUCUUGUAACCAUGGUUCCUCAUUAAUAAACAAAUGCUCCUUAGCUAGUAACCAAGGCUCAUCAUCUAGUAACCAAGGUCCAGCAUCUAUAAAUCAUGUUUCAUCAUCCAGUUUCCAUGGUUCAUCAUCUGGUAUCCAAGGUUCAUCAUCUGGUAACCAAGGUUCAUCACAUGGUCGGAGGUGUAUUAUAGUAUUAUUAACAACAUUCCUGAUUGGUUUAGUUUGUGCUACAACUAGUUUGAAUUUUACAUCUCAACAUGUUCAGCUCCAUAUUGGUCUUCCUCAUAAUCUUAUUAGAAAAGUAAGAAUGUAUUCUGAAGAUCCUGAUAUAAGAAAAUUAAAACUGAAUAAAACUGUUUUAUCACUGGUUUCUAGAUUACAACUCUAUGAUAAGAAGGACUGUAAAGAGGAUCUUUCUGUAUGUGAGACGUAUGCUGUGUGUAAUGGUAAUGGUGAUAGUAAUGGUAAUAGCAAUGGAUAUAGUAAUGGUAAUGGCCAAUCAUCUGUAGCCUGUAGAUGCAAAAGAGGAUAUUAUUAUAAUGACAAUACCUGUUCAGAAUGUAGUAAAUCAUGUCCUGAUGGAUAUUAUAUGACAUCAUCCUGUACAGCUACAACUGAUUCUGUUUGUAAGAAAUGUACAUCUUGUCAAAGAUCUCAGUAUGAAGCUGCUGUUUGUUCAACAACUAAAGAUACAGUAUGUGUAGAUGUAUCAUUUCCUGUGGGAUUUGUACCACCAAACUCUACCACUUCUUCUGAUGGGACUAAUAUCAGUAUGACAUCAUCAUCUAAUGUGUUUAUUGAAAGAUUAAAAGAUAUGAAAGAAUUAGAGACCACUAUGUAUAUCACCAAUAAUCAACAGUCACUAGAUUUUGUAUGGAAGCGUGAGUCUGGAUUAGAGAUUAAGAUUAGUGUAUCAGGAGUUUAUCUGGUGCCAGAGUACGUAGAUCUAGAUCAUGAAGAUGAUGGUUUAUAUUUCCUACAUUUUGAUAAAAACGUCUCAGAAGAAAUGAAGAAGAAGUAUUCUCAUGUAGCUGAAUAUUAUUGUAGACACCCCAUACCAGAUUAUUACUCUAUACAUUUUGAUAUUAUAAAGAACCGUAUAUCACAAGCUGAAGAAGUGGCAUGUAAUUCUAAAGAUAGAGCGAAGAUCCGUUGUCCUAGCAACUAUCAAGAUGGUCAGGUGUAUUUAAAACGACAUAUUAAUGAAAUAUGUACCAAAUAUCAGACUAAUCGUAGAAAGAAGCUAGUACAACUACAUGAUGUGAACGCUAAUAAUAUUAUAUGUGACGAAGAAAAUGAUAUAUUAACAGAAGUUUUUGGUAAAACUAUGCCAGAACCUGAAAGGAUGUCAUUUCCUAGUGCUGAAUGUCGACAGUAUGGUAAUGAAUGUCAUAAAUGUUUAGAUAAGAACAUCUGUACCAAUAAAACGUAUGGUGAAGAAUGUUGUAGUAUAAAAUGUUAUGGUAAUAGUAAUUGUUUACAGUAUCAUAGAUCAACUUGUCCUCAACCUCAAGUAGAAUGUGCUAAAGGCAAUAUCAACCAAUUUACCUUGACACCAUUUUAUGAGAAAAUAUCGGAAAGAUUCAUGUGUCAUUUAAAAUACAAGAAACCCAAAUAUCUCUACAAUGUUUCUUAUUCUAUACAAAUACCAGACUAUAAAUAUGUUUUACCAGAACAGAAUUUCAGUUUUACGACAAAUAGCUUGCAAUCUCACCAAACUCAAAAACAUAAAAUAGAUUUUUUAAACAUCAUGCACGAUACACGAUAUAAACUAGAGGAGGAGGUGAUUGUUAUAGGGAAACAUGAAGAUUAUAACGAACAAAUGGGAGAAUUUCAGUUUCAUCCUCUCAAAGAUCAGGAUGAAUUUAACACAGGACGAGGAUUUAAAACUAAACAGGAUACAUUCUUCCGAUACUCCACAUUGGUCCAGUUUUAUCGUCCAUUUGGCUAUAGUUCAUCAACUUGGUACAAAGAUGGCUGCCUGAAAAACUUAUCUAAAGUAUUUCCCAAUCAAACCCAGUAUAAAUCAACCUCCAUACCUGUUACAACUAAAGUAUUAAAUACGAAGAAAGAAAUGCAGUAUCAGAUGUACCGAAGUAAAGAUUCACCUAUUGUUAAACUUACUAUUGAUGAGAGAGAAUCUAUCUUAUCAUAUUUUCAAUCUAGUGGUACACCCACUGUUGUUAGAUCUACUACUCUCCAAGGUGCUGUUACCUGGAACACUCCCAUGCAAUAUUGGACCAUCAGAAUAUCAGGAUCACUGUACAGUUGCCCUGGAAUCUUAAUCAUAGAAUUAUUCGAUAAACUACUUGUUAACAGUUUUGGUGUUUUUGAUGUUUAUGUUCACUGUGGUGGUGAAUUUUGGAUCAAUUUUAAUGUGGACAGUGAGAAAAGUGAUCUACCUGAUGUAUUUAUUGUUCAUAUUAAUGAUUCUGUGGCCACACACCAACUUGUACUAUCAUCAAUUAUCUCCCCUAGAUCUGUUUCCGUGGCUGAUAAAAUGAAAACCUCACUGGCGGUACGAGAACAAAUUAUGACAGAGUCUCCUCCGUGGGUCACGAUUUUGAUAUUUAUUGUAAUGACAAUUGUUCUAUUAUGGGUCAUGUUUAUAUUUUACAUGUGUUUUACUGUUCGAGCUCCACAUAAUUAUGAAAGAACAGACAAACAAGCAGAAAUGACUGUUUUAAACCCAGAAGAAGCAGAGAAAAUGUUUCAAAGUGAAAUUCAACCAAAACGUAAAAGAAUGUCCGUAUGUGUUAUGUAUCUAUUUGUGAUAUUGUAUAUAGUGUACUGUGUAUUUUUAACUUUUUCUGUCAGUUUUGGAAUUCUGUUUGCUUAUCAGAAGUCAGUGUUGCCAGAUUUAACCCAACUCAAUGAUUUUAGUGAUCGUUUAGAAAAACGUGUCAAUUUGACUCUUCAAGAUCUAAAAUUAACAGAAAUCAAAGAAAUGAAUGAUAUUCAUAAACAAUAUAAAAGUCGCGAACGUGCGUGUAAACAUCAUUUACAUCAAACAGCCAAGUCAUCAGUUCAUGGUUAUGCUCAAGUCACGCAUAAAUAUCUAGAAGCAAUAUAUGUUCAAAAUGGAUCUUUGCAACAUCACGUGGAAAAAUAUUUUGAGAUAGAAAAUCAUAUGGUGGAUGAAAUUUUGAAUGGCUACGUUAAAAUUUUAAACAAAACAAUGAGACAAGAUCUGAAACAUUUUCUAAGCAUGUAUAAAUAUUUUCUGAUAUCUGUCAUUGAUAAUAGAUGGUUGGAUUUCCCCAAGGAUAUAUUUCUGGGAGAUGGUGAUAAGAUGAAACUAGGUAAAGAAAUGACAGAAAAUCAGAUUAAAAAGUUUGUAUCCUGGUUACAGAUUGAUAAAGCAGAAUCUCUGAUGUCUGUUACUGACCAUGUAACAGCAAGGAUUCUGGAAAUGGCACCAAUAUCUGAGGACUACCAGCCAGAAGAUUUUCUAGAACCAUAUUUACCAAAACAUUCUCAUAAAAUACCAACAUAUUCAAUGAAAUCUCAAAAUUUCUUAUAUCAAGUGAUCAAUGAAAAUAAUACUCAUUUUAAACGCCAUGGAAUCCAUUUUGAUUCUGGAUCCAGUAAUACAACUAGCGAUAAAGACCUUGAAUCCAGUGAUUAUAAUAUUGUUAUGUAUUUAUUUAUUUGUUUAUUUAUUAUAUUGGAUAUUAUACUGUGGUGUUAUCGUCUAUCGUGGUUAUGGAAACAAAUCAAAAUGUCCAAAGUGGGAUACGAGGUAAAAAUUCCAACUGAUGAAAGUUCGCGGAAAAUUCAUAUUUUAUUAACAGGUCAACAUCCACCAUCAACUGUAGACAUUGAAAUAGAAAAUGCAUUUAAAUACUACAAAGAAAACGCUGCCAAAGAUCUGGCCUCAGACAAUGAAUUUGGAAUGUCGUUUAUUCAAAAUUAUCCAAAGUGUAAAGAAGACAUUUUACGCGAUAUCUGGGCGUAUAAAAAGAGCCAAUCAUCAGCUUCAGUUCCAAAAGCCAAUGAUUUCUGUUUGAGUGAAUGUAUGACAAUAAUUCAUUGGAUUCAUCGUUCAGUGUUAUCCAGAUUGACCUGGCGUUCAGCGUUAAGUAUUGGUGCGUUAGUGUUAGUUUGUUGUUUAAUAUAUGCCGUUGAUAAUUGGUUCAAUCAAGCUAAUAUUGAGGUAUUAGUGGGAGCAGAUGUGGUAGUCACAGAAUUACAAUGGCAGACGGUCAUGAUUAACAGACAUUUGGCAGAAACCGUUGAUAAAUUAAAUCUAUUAUUAUUAAAUAUGAAAGAAACAGUUGAUGGAGAUAUUAAUUAUGUUAAUCAACUUUUAGCUGAUACAUUUCAUAAACAGACACGUUAUAUAUUAGAUAUAUUACUAUCUGUUUGUAAGAAUUCUGGUAUUAAUGAUUGUAAUAUUGAUAUUAAUAUGUUAUUACAAUCAGCCCCACCCCCACCAAUAUCAUCAUGUAAUUUUCUACCUCUACAACAACAUGUUAUUGAUGAUGUUGAUACAGCUCAGAUUACAGCGUUAGUUAUAGAAGAGUUAUCACCCUUGUUGAAGACAGUACGUGGACUGGUAUUCUGUAUAUUGACAUAUUUAAUAUUUGUAUUAUGUUUUAUUUUAUUGUGUAAUGCUGGAAUUCGGCUAGCUAGAUAUUAUUUAUUAAUUAUGGGCAAAUUUCCCAUUUUACAAAUUUAUCAAAUUAGUGACUCGUUGGCGACAUAUGCUGAUGCUGCCGUAGAUGAUCAUCAACAUAUUUAUCGUAGUGCAUCUUUAAGUUGUGAGAGUGGUGUUUAUGUUGGUGAAGCUGAGGAUUCGAAUAGAGAAUAG